CCUCCUCUCCUGAAGCUCGCCUUUCAUGUCACUAGUGCUGCUUGUAUGUGCAGGGAGACGCAGCCAAUCUCUUCCUCAUGACGACAUCGAGGCUGGACUCACCGUAGAGCUAUAUACGAUGGCCACAUUGAACGCACCCACCGAGGAUGAACACUUGGAAAGAAGACAGUGUCUGAGAGGACAAAUGACAAAACAGGACGCCUGCACCUGCUGCCAGCCCUGUCUCUGAUCUGAUCUGAACAGCAGCGGGACAGCAUCCAAGCAUCCUCACCAAGGAUUGUCUGGAAUUUACAUUUUCAUUGCUUAUUUUUAAUUGUAACUAUCCAGGGGAGCCUGCUUUUUAGCUGUUUUUAGCUGUAUCAGUCUGUUUUUGUCACUUUUUCCUCCCACAAAAAGACGUUUGACAUCUUACUCCGACAAGGAAGCGAGCGCUGGGGCAGAAUGUCGGUGCUUUGAACAGAACCAUUUUCUCUCUCUUCCUCUCUCUGUGUGUGUGCUUUUCUGACUUUUUUUGUUGUUGACAUUUUAUACAGCGGUGCUUCCUCCUGACACAGUCCCUAUUCAACAACAGGAUGAAUGAGAAGCACUUUUUGAGCCGCUGCCAGUGAAGUGUUUUGUGCUCAGCAUGCGUGGCUCCGCUCACCUGUGUGGGAAACAUCGGAACCAAUUAAAAAAAUAAAGAGUGUGCGCAUCAUGGAGUGGUUGGCACUGGCGGAUCCUGGGCAGAGUAAAUAAAUCUUCAAACAGACAUCGCCGCUUUGUCAUCGAGUAACAGUGGACAUCAAUGACGGUGCGUAAGGUGCGCUUCGCUUAAAGCUACAUACUCCGCGUAAAGGGAAAAAAACACACACCGUCAAAAUGAUAUUGUUUCGCAAAUUCCGAGUGUUGAUACUGAUGGUGUUUUUGGUUGCGUGCACCAUGCACAUCAUGAUAGACUUGUUACCGAAACUAGAGAAGCGUGCAGUUGGAGCGGACAGCGGCGACGGCGGCUGCCAGUGCGCACUUCACCCGGGCGGAGAGACGCAGAGCUGGGGGAAGCAGCGCGCCAGGUCGGCGGCUGAAGCCGGAUGGCCUAACAAACACACGCUGAGGAUCCUGCAGGAUUUCAGCAACGAGCCGAGCUCCAACCUCACAUCUAAUUCCCUGGAAAAGAUCACAGCAGCGGGCGGGGGCAAAACGGACUCCCGGGGGCGGCUCAGACCGUCGGCGGGGAAGGCGGACGACCACAAGCCGCUCAUCGGAGGCGCAAGUGGGGGUCGGAGCGACGAUGCCCACGGUAUCUCCAAACUCUCCGCUCUGUUUGAGCAUCCAUUAUACAAGGUUGACCUUCCGCCCCUCACGGACGAUGACACUUUGUUUAACGUCAACACUGACAUCCGGUUUUAUCCCAGAGCAACAGGGAACCAAGGAUGGCACAAUGAAGAAGGGAAUGCAGGGGAAGAGUUCUCUCCAACAGCAGCCGUGACGGCAGAAUCCUAUCCUAACUGGCUACGUUUCCACAUUGGGAUCAACCGCUACGAGCUGUAUGGCAGACACAAUCCUGUUCUUGAUGCCCUACUGAAGGACCUGGUUGCGCAGAGGAUCACCAGUGUUGCCAUGAAAUCAGGAGGCACCCAGCUGAAACUCAUCAUGACUUUCCAGAACUAUGGACAAGCACUUUUCAAGCCCAUGAAGUAAGUCGCUCAAUUAAACUACAUGUAUGUAUUAGCCCAUGUCAGAUC